AUGACUAUUCAUCCCUUUUUCAGUCCCUCUCCGGACACCCCACCACCAGCACACAUUGAGUCCAUUAUCAAAGCUCUAAACCUCGAACCACACAUUGAAGGCGGUUUCUUUGCCGAAACCGACCGCGCCCAGGAGAAAUUCCCUUCGCCAUUUCCCGCAUCCCACUCAAAUACUAUCGACUUAGCACCUCAGCGACCCGGUUUCGAACCCGGUGUCCGGAACGCAUCAACCACCAUCUUCUAUCUCCUCACACCCCAAGGACCCCAAGGCGGCUUCCACCGGAAUCUAGGACGAACAGUCCAUACUCUCCACCGCGGUAGGGGCACUUAUGUCUUGAUCCAUGCCGAUGAGGAAGGCAGUUCGAGACGUAUUGAAACUUUCAUUGUUGGUCAGAACGUUGAGAAAGGCGAGAAGUUGCAAUGGGUCGUUGAUGGUGGGAAGUACAAGGCCUCUUUCUUAAUGCCAGACGAAGAAGGUGGAGAGGAGAGUAAAGAUGGUUUGCUGAUCAGCGAAACUGUCGUUCCUGGAUUUGAAUAUUGUGACCACGAUUUCUUAAGUCCGGAAGGGUUGAAGAAUUUGGUUCCAAAGGAAAAGGCAGAGGAGCUAGAGUGGCUAUUAAGUCCAUUGGGCAAGAAGCGAUAG